UCCCUCCCUCGCCCUGAGUUUGUGCUCUCGAGGGAGUGGUUGGUUAAAUCCGCACGCGGCGCGCGUAGGAGACCCGGUGGCAACUCCCUCUAUAUCGUCUUCCUCCGGAAAGCGGAAGCGGAAGUGACGUUGAGGGAAGGGGGGAAGGUGGGGGGCAAUCAUGGUGCCGCUGGGGAGGGGAAGAGCUGUUGCCGCCGCUGUCGUUGCCGGGUACCGCCAAGACUGGUCCUCAUCUUCCCAUAUCACACAAUUGCACUGAGCUCUGUUGAACCAUGGGGGAAAACAGUCCAGAUGACAAUAUCAUUUGCUAUGAGGCAGAGGAAGAUGAACUGUCACAUCAUGAUAAAAUACUCAGGUUUGUGGAUAAGAACGGACUGGUGCCUUCUUCGUCUGGAACAAUUUAUGACAGGACAACUGUUCUCAUUGAACAGGAUCCUGGCACUCUGGAAGAUGAGGAUGAUGAAGGGCAAUGUGGAGAACACCUGCCUUUUUUAGUAGGGGGUCCUGAUGAGGGAUAUCACUUAAUAGAUCAUGAAGGAAUGUCCCAGGGUUAUGUGCAACACAUCAUCUCUCCAGAUCAGAUCCAUUUAACCAUAAAUCCUGGUUCGACACCAAUGCCAAGAAACAUUGAAGGUGCAACUCUCACCCUCCAGUCUGAAUGCCCUGAAACGAAGCGCAAAGAAGUGAAGCGGUACCAGUGCACCUUUGAGGGCUGCCCUCGCACUUACAGCACGGCGGGCAACCUGCGCACCCAUCAGAAGACCCACCGGGGCGAGUAUACUUUUGUCUGCAACCAGGAGGGCUGUGGCAAAGCCUUCCUCACCUCAUACAGUCUCAAGAUCCAUGUGCGAGUACACACGAAGGAAAAGCCAUUUGAGUGUGAUGUGCAGGGCUGCGAGAAGGCAUUCAAUACAUUGUACAGACUGAAAGCACACCAGCGGUUGCAUACGGGGAAAACCUUUAACUGUGAAUCAGAAGGCUGCAGCAAGUACUUCACCACGCUCAGUGAUCUGAGAAAGCACAUUCGAACCCACACAGGAGAGAAGCCAUUUCGGUGUGAUCAUGAUGGCUGUGGGAAGGCAUUUGCAGCAAGCCAUCACCUUAAAACACACGUCCGAACACACACUGGUGAAAGACCCUUUUUCUGCCCCAGUAAUGGCUGUGAGAAGACAUUCAGCACCCAAUACAGUCUGAAAAGUCAUAUGAAAGGACAUGAUAACAAAGGACAUUCAUAUAAUGUACUUCCAAAUAGCAUGUCUGAGGACACAAACCACUCCCUUUGUCUGAGCGACUUGAGCCUCAAAUCCAAGGAUUCUGAGCUACGAGAAAAUUCCAAUACAGUCAUAGGAACAAUGAAUCCAGCCUGGUGCGUGGAGAUCCCUGACAAAGAGACAAGAGAGAGAUUGAUUUCCACUAUGUAUCUGGAAGACAUGAGAGUGCUACAGAAACCUAGGACACAUGGCCAAGACCUUAGCACAAUUUCACCAGCAAUCAUCUUUGAAUCAAUGUUCCAGAACUCCGAUGAUCCUAUAAUCCAGGAAAACAAGCAGACAGCUGCCUUGAUUGAAAGUUUUAAUGGUGAUACAGAGUCAGUCACCGCUGUUGCACCCUCCACGGGAGAUUCAGGAUCUUUAUCUCUUCCACUUGUACUGCAGCCUGGCAUCUCCGAGCCUCCCCAGUCUGCACUACCUGCCUCUGCGCCUCCUGCGCCUCCUCCUCUGACUGCUCCCUCCAUAGGAACUGGUUCCCAGCCAGCUGCAUUUGGGACCCCCCCUGCUAUCUUACAACCUCCAGAAGGGCCAGUUGCCCACAGCACACAGUUUGCUGCUAAUCACCAAGAGUUUCUUCCGCAUCCUCAGCCAUCGCAGCCCCUUGUGCCAGGACUUUCUGUCGUAUCUGGGGCUCCCCCAGUAACUGCGGCACCCCCAACCACCACUGAGGCCAUGCCAUCUCUGGUUCAGACUCUGCCUCUGGGGGCUACCCCUGUUCUGACAAGUAACCCCACCAUCACCAUCACCCCAACUCCCAGCACGGCUAUUCUGCAGUCCAGCAUAGUUAUGGGAGACCAGAAUUUACAGUGGAUACUCAAUGGUGCAACUGGCUCUCCCCAAAAUCAAGAGCAAAUUCAACAGGCCUCAAAAGUGGAGAAAGUGUUUUUUACCACUGCAGUACCUGUCACUGGUAGUGCAGGGAGCUCCGUGCAGCAGAUUGGCCUCAGUGUUCCUGUGAUCAUCAUCAAACAGGAGGAGGCCUGUCAGUGUCAGUGUGCGUGCCGGGACUCUGCCAAGGACCGGGUUGCUGGCAGCAGCAGCAGCAGCAGCAGCAGCAGGAGGAAGGGCUGCUCCUCACCGCCUCCUCCAGAGCCCAGCCUUCGGGUCCCUGAUGGCCCAUCUCUCCAUUUACCCCCCCAGACUUUUUCCUCUUCUUCUGCCACAUUGUCAUCAUCAUCCUCAUCCUCCUCAUCCUCCUCCCCUUCUGGCAGCCGGAGCAGACAGGCAGAGAACCCCUCAGACUCUCAGACUGAGUCAUUAAGUGCCAUGGACGUAUCAGAGUUCCUGUCCCUCCAGAGUCCGGACACCCCAUCCAACCUGAUUCCCAUUGAAGCACUACUGCAGGGGGAGGAGGAUAUUGGCUUGACCAGCAGCUUUGCUAAAUGAAGCAUCCUUGGCUCGCUCACUUCUAAGAAGGAUGACGAGCAGGGCUACAAGAACAAAUGGCCUCUUUAUCUGGGGGCCAGGAAUUUGAAGGAUGAAGAGGUUUGCUGUUGGGAAGUCAUACUUCUCAGACAUCAUUUCUUUAUUCCCAUCCCAGGGAUGUCCAUUUUAAGGAACCUAUCUUUGGAGAAAAAAAAAAAAAACCCAACAACAAAAAACAAAACAAAAAAAAACAAACAAAAAAAAAAGCUAAGUUAUAAAUGAACUAUUUUGGCUGCACUGUAUGUCACUUUUGCUUAUUGUCAUGUGAACAUGGAAAUUAAGGUUACUCGUACGCAUAAAAUUUCUAAAUUGAAAGGGGUGUGGUUUCCAUCAAUCUUAGAUUAUUACUUGUGUUGGGGCAUUUGCAGUUUUGGCAAUGUAGUCUCAUUACAGCUCCUGAGGUAGAUUUGAGACUCAGCCACAAACUGAAAUGUAGGCCAGUGAUCCCUAAGAGGGGGAAAAGUGGUAGUAGAGGAAGAAGCCAUGUGUGUUGGUUAGGACCCAAGAGUGAUUGGUAUAGCAAGGGAGCCUCAGGGAAGGCUGAGGCCAGUGGCUGCAGAGAGUACAGGGACCUGCUGUUUGGGGUGGAGCCCAGGCAGGACACUGGUUUGUGCUGAGUGGAAGACCAGCACUAGGAUGUAGUGUUUUCAGGGUGGACAUUAGCAAGGUGGUCACAGUUUCUUUGUCUCCUUGGCUCUUCCAGGAUCUCUUUUGUCUAUUGGGAGCUGUAGGUUGUGGUGCCUUUCAGGGAGUGAAAGGAUCCCUGUUUGUACCUUUGAGCUGGCCACUAUGUUUGGUGUAGAAUCUCUUUGCUGACUUUUCACCCUCUCUCUCGGACCACUUCAUCUUUGCAGAGCAAAGGUGGGUCGACUUUGUCAGAAUGAGGUGAAAAUUGAAGGAAGUCUUCAGAGGAGUGAAGUUGCCUGGACAGGCUACCCUAGUUGGGAUCCUAGUUCAGCAAAUCAGCUGCUUCCUGUCUGGUUUUGCCCUGUGUCCUUACUAAUGCAAGCGAGUAUAAUUUCUCUGUUGACAUGUGCAACAUAGCUUAGUAAUUUGAUAUGAAAACUAUGAUCUUCUAACCUACUCAGGGUAAAGUAAAGCAAAAAAAAAAAAAAAAAAAAAAAAAAAAAUCCCCCUUCCACCAAAAAGCCUGAAGUGUUGCAAUAAGGUGUUUCUCCCCCCGCCCCCGUCCCAAUUUGGAAUGUUUUGUUAUGUUGCAUUAUAUAAAAAAAGAAAAAAGAAAAAAAAAAUUUGAUCUUUAUAGAAUUUUAUUCACUUCUCUCUGGCUAAGGCUCCAAGUCAUUUCAUUUAAGAACAGUAUCUUAUAGUUUUUGUUGUUUUAUGUCAAAGGGCUCUAAUGACUUAGUCAUAAGAGCAGUAACAUCUUUGCCCAUAGAAUUCAGAAAUGUAGUUCCACCCAGGAAACAGGCUGGACCUUCUGCCUCCUCUGUAGUCCUUUUCCUUCCUGUUUCCUAUUUGAAGGGAAUAGGAUGUCCCAUGAGCCAGAUGCAGACCCCACAUAUUUAAGCCAAGGAUAGCUAAGAGUUUUAUCUUCUUCCUUCUUCCAAGGGCUCGAAUUCCUCAUUGAUCCCUAGCCAUCAAUGACCACAAAAACAUAUUUGCCUCUUUCAUUUCCCAAGCCAGCAUUCAGGGACAGUCAUGCAGAUGCCUGAGAUUGUCAGUUUUAUCUCUGAGCUUCAGGCAUCUUUAUCAGGAUGUUCGGGAGAUUCCCUGCCCUUUCCCCUAUCUACUCCACCCCAGAAAAGGUUGUUACUGUUCUGAGGAGCAAGAUAGGUUUAAUCAGUGGGAAUUAUUUGCCUUUCUUGAGCAAGGAAGCUAAGGCUGCUCAAAAGUUGUUGAAAGGGGUAGAAGAAGUCUUAUCUUCUAGAAGAGAGGGGCUGCCUUUUAUUGCAGUGUGGUACAUUCAGUAAUAUUUUGUGUAUAGAAGGAUCAAUAACUUGAUUGUAGUAGAGAGGCUUCCUUGAAGGAGCUGAACCUAUGCUAUCUUUGCAACUGUCCAUGGUGUUUUAUUGACAGCUCAAAGAUCCUCUCACUCUACACACACAAACACACAAACUCCUUUUACAAUUGGAAACAUCCUGUUCAGGUCCAGAAGGGUGGGGGAGGAGCUGCAAUGUACUGGGCUCACCUUCCCAUCUCCUCUGCAUCUGAACAGACCUAGCUCCUUUUCCAAUAAGACUCUGGCUCAUUGAGGUUUCAGGCUUGGACCCAGGAAGGUUGAGGCAUAUUUGGAACUGCCUCUUUUGAUAGUCACAGCAUGAUUCUAUCGAUGGUUUCUAGAUGCCAGCUCCUGUAACUGUCAGACGGGACCAUCUGAGCAGAGGAAGAGGGUAAAAAAAGCCACAUGCUGUGGUUCCAAUGAACAGACCUUUCUAGUUGAACAAAUUAAGGAUUUUGUCUCUUGGUGACACCUUAAGUUUUGGUCUAGCAAGUAUGUAUGGAAACCUCAUGAUCAUUAAACAACAAGAGAUUGUCCAGAUUACAGCGAUCAGAGCUCUGAGAUCCAUUCAGCUUUUGAUAAAUCAGGAAUUCCCUUAAAAUGGUAGUGAGGAUGAGCAGAAUCAUGAGGCAGGGCCAUUCCUCUGGGAGGGUGGUCUUCCGUUCCAGUCUCUUCAGCUUCCUGUGGAUGUAAAAGAAACUUACUUCCUUGUCUACAUGAACUCUGGGCUGGGCAUCCUCUCCAAGGCUCCUAACAAGGGUAGGGUAGCAAGCUCAGAGUUGGAUUGGGACCAGAAAGAGCCUUUGUUGGGGGUUUGGUUUCUUAAAUUGGUGAGACUGGGGUCCCUAUGGAGACUGCAGAGGUACUGUGGGUCUUCUGGCCUGCAAGGGUAAUUUAGGCAUGCCUUAUCUCACUGCUUCUUUGGUAAUUGUUUAAUGCCACAAAUUAGAGUUGAUGGGCUGAGAUGGUUGGCAAGGAAAGUUGGCCUUGGCGGGCACCACCAAGCUGCCUUAAACUGUGUUCUCAAGUUGGACUGUGCUCCAAAUUCCAGUCCAGAGGACAGCUGGUUCUCAGAGGGUGUGUGUCUGGGUGUGUGUGUGUGUGUGUGUGUGUGUGUGUGAGCGCGCGCAUAUGUGUGCAAGCUUGUGUGCUUGUGCCCAUCCAUGAAGAGUCUCCUUCUGGAAUAAGCAAAAGAGGGGGAGGGGAUAUGAUGAGGAGAGGCUUCCUGGCUCCUCCCUGUAUAGCUUCACAGCCACUUACCUCCUGGGAAACCACUGGUUUGGUCACUAGGGUUGGGGGUAUUUAUUCAGUUCUGCCUUUUCCAGAAGGAGUUCAUGGUACUAUAAGAAAGGAAAUAGGAAGUGUAGAAUCCUCAAGGGGUCAGAGGACUCCAGCAUAGGAACCUCUAGGUGUGCCUAUGGCUUGGAGGGUCAGAGUGAGGACCUACAGACUGGUUUGGAAUAACGGAGGCUAAGGUUUCAUUGGAGAGACUUGGUACAAUGCUGAAUGUUUCCAGAGAGAUGAGUUUGCAGAACCUCAUACUGGUAUAGUAAAGAAAUAAUAAAAAUUAAAAAGCACUUUAGGUUAUGUUAUCCUUAACCCGAUUGCUGCAAUUUCUUUUGUAUAUAUAUUUUCCACAAAGUUUUAUUUUUUUUUUUCUCUGAGAAAAUGGAGGCGUGAAGAGAAAAGCACUUACCUUGGUGCAAUACUUGUUGUUUGGUGGAUGUUACCCCAUGCAGACCUUGCCUUGGCCUGGCCCAAGCUCGGUGUUGUUCAGUUCCACAAUUCAUGGUGCCCUGUCUGUAAGGAAACACUAUUAUGCAUUCCUAGCAACUAACUACAAAAUCUAUGCAAACCCUCUCCCUGUUCCCUGGGCUGAAAGGGGGGAGAGGGGCUCUCCUCUGAAGAGCUGCUGCUCAUCACUUUUCCCUUGGCCUGUUUGGAGAUCAUCCCCUUACACAGACACAUCCUCUUUUCAGCUGCAGUUCAUUGUCUUUCUCCUGCCCUGGAAGGGCAGUGAGAAAAGCCUAAAGGGAAGGGACAAGUUGGUCUUGGGGCAGAAACUUUGCACCUUCUAGACUUUUAUACUGGCAGUCAGGGCCAUUGUCUUGUUAUAAAGACUCCUAUCGAGUCAGGGAAUUAAUGAGUUUUUGUAACUGCAGCAGCACUGUUAAAUGUCUUACUGGACUUCCAAUCACAAAUAUUUGUAUUGAGGAAGAAGGAACCAUUCCCAGCUCUAGGAAGUAUAGUUAUCCUCUUCCCUCCUCUUAGUCCACAAAAAGAAACUCCCUCAGCAUUCAUUGGCUCCAGUAAACUGAGCUGUAGUAUUAACCUCAGGCCUAUAAGGUGAUUUGUCCAAGAUAGAGAAUAGCCCUUAAUCCCUCGAUUUCAUCUUAUUGAAAAGUCACUCAAAUGAAAAGUUUUAAAGUAAAAUUCCAAACAAAAUGGACUGUUCCCUGUAAAGCAAAUAUCCAAGUGACUUCUGCUAUGAGUAAGCUAAGGAGCUAACCCUUCCUUGAUUUGAGGAAGGGAGGGAGAGAGAGCAAGAGGAAUGAUACCUAUAUUUCUGAUUGGUUAAGUCUUCUUUUGGAAUGUUCCCUUUGACAUAUUUGAAGGGAAAUUUUUCCCAGUGUGAUCCAUAGUUUUUAAGGUGAUGAUUGUGGGCUGGGCUAAUCCUAAUUUUUAGUAUUUUAUCUCACUGUAUCUCCUGUUCUACAGUUGGAUUCUGUCUGCACUGAAAAUGCAAAUUAAACUGGAUAUUGAUGUCAGAAUGUAUGAAGUCUAAGCUCUUGUUCUUGUCUCCAGAUUUCUAAGCCUGAUCUGUUGUAUUCCCCAGCAGUCUGCUGGACGUAUUCUACUUCUAGUCCUUUAAACUCAACGCAGCUUAUGCUGUUGUUACAAGGAACUUUUUCAUGGGACAUUUUUUGGCAGAAUCAGACUGGGCUUGGGGGCAGGAGGUGGGAUGAUGUGGAUGUUUUUUGUUUUCUCAAUAUCCUUGUUAUCCCCAACUGUGGUCCAAAGUCACCACCUUCUCUUGACCUCUUUCCUUUUCUGUCCUUGUGCCUGCAGCUCUUUCUGCCUGACUCAACCACUCACAUCCAGUGUUGUAGUAUCCUGGAAAGAGUAGCAGGUUCUUGGAGGUGGGGGGUGAGGACUCCUAGCUCUGUUUGGGAGGAAGUCAGGAGGAGGCCUGCUGUGAUCAAGCCUACAUCAUCUAACCAGGCGCUGACACUCUAUUGUUUUCACUUCUGACACACUUAUCAUAGGCCCAAGCUUUCCAUCAUGGUUUUUAAAAUCCUGGAUAUCAGUUUUAUUAGGAUUAUGUAAAUGUCUAUAUCAAAGGAAUUUAUUUAAAUAUGAAACAUGGGAACAACUGACUUCCACUGAGCAAUGUGAAAAUGUUAGUUACAGGUUCAGUACUUCCAAAGGAAGAACCCUCCAAACCCAAAAAACGAGUACAUAUGAAUUUGUAUUUUUGAAGAAUGUGAAAUAAUGGUGUUUGCUUAAUUGCUCAUUUUGUAUAAAGUUAAUAUUGUACUUUACAAAUCUGCUAAGAAGUGGAAAUUUAACUUUUUGGAACUGAAAAAAAAAAGCAAUAUUAAAUACUAAUGAAAUCCUAAUUAAAUGCUUAUUUAAAUUUGA